AAGAAGAAGAAGAACUUCCCAGACUAUCUUCAUUUUAAGGAAGUAUCACGGUCAAGACUGAAUAUUCAGUUUUAGUUGUACAACAGGCAGAUUUUGACUGCAAUGGAGACAAAUCUGUUCGGGGACCCCUCGCACCCGGUGAAAUGACGCUGUCACGCUUGCUUUUGAUUGUGUUGUACAUUCAAGUCGUCGUCCAAGUACUGUCUGAGGAGCUACUGGCACCACCGGCACCGCCGCAGAACAUCCAUGUUGAUAACUGGCUGCUGACGUGGACUGCCACCGAGGAGAGAGAUGUCACCUACACCGUCCAGUACCGCAGCUUUGACACCGAUAACUGGAAAGAUGUACCAGCCUGCAUUCAGAUAUCUUUGAAUUCCUGUAAUGUCACUUUACUCAAACCUGAGGAGUAUGACUGUGUUAUGCUGCGUGUGCGAGCAGAGAGACAUCUGCUGACCACCGGACCAGUGGAAGCCUGUAGCAGACAUGGUGGCUCCUGUACUCCUGAAGUCAGUCUGACAGCACGGCCUGGCUCCCUGACUGUAUAUCUGAGUAGGAACCACAGUUUGGCUCUGGAACAUGGGGGCCAUGCAAUGUACAGGGUUUACUAUGGCAAGAAAGGAGAGCCCCUGCAGAAGUUUAAAGAUGAUGUCUCUUCAGUGUCCUUCAACGAGCUACAGGAGGGACAGCAUUACUGUACAAAGGUGCAGUAUAUUUACUUCAAUAAACCCUUCGGACUGCCCAGCUGUACCCAGUGUGUGGUCAUCCCUGAGUCAAGAAAAAACCUAAAACAAACAGAGAUUCUAGUAGUUGUGGUGGCUGUCAUCAUCCUGGUCAUUCUGGUACCUGUGAUAGCGUACAUCCUUAUCUUCCAACGUGGGAGAAUCAAACAGUGGCUGCGACCUCCAUACGAGAUCCCCGACGACUUCCUCAACACAUUUCAUGUGCAUCACAAUCCCAUCUCCACCAGCAGCAGCAGUGAGGAGCACUGGGAUGUCAUCUCCUGCAUUACCCCAGAGGAGGUCAGAGAAUGAAAGCAGCUGCCCUCCAUCUGCUUCUGCACUACACCUCCUCUUUGUGACCUUCUCAUUUUGCUGUUGUGGGGAUCAGACCUGAGGACUGAACUGUUGGAGACUGUAACCUGCUGUCCUGACUGCCCCACAUUUCUAUCUGGUCUGCUUCUCCCUGAGGCCAGACUUUCUGCUGAGAUGCAUUUAGAAUUACGAUAAGUGACGACUUGAUUUAAAGUGAAAGGUCAGUUGCUGGGAAGAGAGUCUACAUUUAGUUUUCACUCCAGGAGAGAAAAGGGAGCCAUGAAAAGUAGCACUCGAAUUUGUAAGAUGUCUAUUUGUGUGUACCUUGGCCUCUAAAAUGACAGAAAUGUCGUUCUAUGGAGAGCCACAGUGGACAUAAUUCAGCUCAUUAGAAACAGUUAAACCCACAUGCAGACAGCAAUCACACAGGAUCAGUGCAGCUUACCCACAUGUACAUGUUUUAGGGAACAUCACACCUUCAUUUGAGCCAAGAAUGCUGCUGCUUUCUUAAAAACACUAUUUCAUAUUUUUAUAUGAUGCUUAUCACUUCCAUUUCUUUGCACUUUUUAAUAACUAUCACAACAUUUGUGCUUUAUAAGCAUUAAUGAACCAGAUCAGCAGCAGCUUAUAAAGCUGAUAGCAUUAACUAGGUUUGGUUUGGGGCUUACUCGGUCAUAAAACAAACUACAGACAUACAGAUACAACUCAACAGGAAACAUUACUACAGCAGACUACCUUUUGUCUGGCUCUAAGGAGGAUUUGAUAAUCCCUAAUCAUUACAUGUGGUGUAACUCCCUCAAAAUCAGUAAUUAGUUGUAAUUUGCAAGGAAACUUUGACUGAAACUCCUGCAUAUUUCUUGAGAUUUAUGAAUCAAUAAGCACUGGACCUCAAGCCAUCCUGCAAGAAGAGCAAGAGGUUCAGGGUCAAGUUGAGACAUGAUCUUUCAUCUGUGUCGCAUCAGUUUAGAUCACUACUCCGGACCAUAACAAAACGGGGAUUGCUCUUCAAAUAAGUCAGUUAUGAAAAAAAUGGAUGUAAGACCCAAAGUGUUUGGGUCCCCUAGCAGCCAUUUCACUUCUGCUUUGGGCCCUUGGGCUCUAGCAUUGACAUCUACUUUGCAGACUGGUAAGUGUUCUGCUUUUUCGGAUUUUUAGAAAUACGUAACUCUGUGCCAGAGUUUCUUUAUUCUUGAACAAUACUGAACCCUAUCCUGGCACCUGUUGACCCUUUUUUGCUUUCUCUGUUGUAAAUUUCCAACCAGUCUAGAUUUUCUGACUAUCAUGAUGUUGCGUUUGUCUGAUGUCACCAUUUUUCUCUGCCCGAUCUAAACAUUGCCAAAAUAUGUAUUUUUAUAAACUUCUUUGUAUGUGAUGUAAUGAUCCUAAACUUUAUAUGUGGUGAUGAGUUAAAAUCGUGUGUGUGAAAUUGGCCUUGAACCUUUUCAGGUCAGACACUGACUCACAAUAAAGAACCCCACACACACACACACACACACACACACAUUUCCUGUCUCUCAAAUAAAGGCAAAAAGGCCAAAAAAUAAGAAAAAAACAAGUUUCCCCUAGAUGAAGAAUAAAGACUGCCACACAGACA